AUGGGGGGGAUCGACAUUGGAACGUCCCGUGACGUCAAAAUAUUAGGCCUCACAAUCGACGACAAACUCAGCUUCAACAAACACAUAGCUAUCGCUUGUAAAAAGGCGAUAGCUAUGUACAAACAACUGGCCAGGGCAGCUCGAGCUAGUUGGGGUCUACAGCCGGAAAUCAUCAGGACCAUCUACACGGCAGCAGUAGAGCCCACGAUACUUUGUGAAGCCUACCGCACGGUCUCCCUAAACUCGGCACUGUUGCUCGCUGGGAUACCCCUAGACAUUCGGAUAAGGGAAGCUGCUUCACUUUACGAAGCGAAGGUGGGAGUGCCCCAGCCAACACUGGGAGAUAGGGAGAUCGAGCGGAUGGCCUCAGCCCUUGAAGCCCCUCACCCCGCAGAAUUGGUGACACUGCAGUACGACAGCAUAGCGGACGACGAAGAAUACAGAAACCGGAGUGAGGAGUUUGCUGUGCGCAUUUUUACCGACGGCAGUAAGAUACAGGGCAAGGUCGGCGCGGCGCUAUCUUUGUGGGAUAGUACCACCGAAACAAAGGCUCUUAAACUUACUUUGCCGUCAUACUGCACUGUCUACCAGGCUGAAUUGUUGGCACUGCAGAAAGCGGCAACUGAAGCACUCAAACGCCGGGAAAACACGUUCGGCAUCUUCAGCGACUCUAUGGCGGCCCUGCAGACAGUCACCAACGUCAGUGCCCCCCAUCCUCUAGCAGUGGAAACAAGGGACACCAUACGCCUGAAGCUCCAGAACAAGAGUGUCUCCUUGUUCUGGAUAAAGGCCCACAGGAUUGAGGGCAAUGAGCGGGCUGAUCAACUCGCAAAAGAAGCCGCCCUAAAGUCGAAGAAGAAGCCGGACUACGAUCCUGUCCAUCCUCAUUCGUCAAGCGGCAGAUACGUAUGA